UCCUGGAAGGAAGGUGAUUAAAGAUGUCCACAGUUCUGGGAUUUUCAGUCUACCACCAGAGCCCAGAGGGUGGCCAUCAGUGGAACCCUUCAAUGCAGCAAAGAACAGAGAACUCAAGUGAGCUUAGAGGUGAGCUCACAGCCAGGGCUGCAGUUAGAACUCUCCCAAGUGCCAACAACCAGCCUCGAAGACGUCCCCGGCCAGGACUUGUUGCAGACAACACUAGUUGUCAUUCUCAAGUGACACUAGCCUGCCUCACCAAAGGAGCUGACUGCUGGCAUGGGCGCUGGACUUCAUGCAGCUGAGCAAGACAACCACAGAGCUCACAGGAAGGGCACUGGGCAGCAAAAUGCAAAAGCUGCUGGGAAAAUGGGCAUCAGCGUUGACCUGGAAGCUGAGUAUGCUAAGCUGGGUCUAAAUCUAGGAGCAAUCACACUUGGAGAGGAUAGGAGGAAAAUGAAGAACUCUCACCUCAGGAAAAAGGAGAAUGAGAACAUCUCUCUGGCUGUGUGUGCUCUCCUGAAUUCAGGAGGUGGAGCAAUCAAGGUUAAAAUCGAAAAUGAAAAUUAUAGUCUCACUAGGGAUGGCCUGGGACUAGAUUUGGAAACCUCUCUUUGUAGAUGUCUCCCGUUUGUCCAGUGGUACCUGGACUUCACUGAGAGCAAAGGCUACAUUUAUAUCUACGUGAAAGCAUGGAGUCAGGAAAUCUUUGGGCUGCCGAUUGGCACCCUGAGCACCAAUUUGUACGUAAGGAUCGUUUCAUCCUCCGUACAAGUGAGCGCUGAUGCUGCGCUACAAUUUCUCCAGGACCUGGAGGAAACUGGAGGGAGACCCUGUGUCAGACCAGAGUUGCCUGCAAGGAAAGCCUGCCCUGGCGUGGAAGGAGAAUGUCACCAGGAGGAUGUGGCUGCUGCAUUUUUUAACAAGACCGAAUUUCAGUAUGAGGAAACUUUCUUCUUUACCAGGUCCAGGUAUGUUGAAGUUACAUCACUUUCAGUGAAACGCCUGCGAAAACGCAUCAGAGAGAUCCUCCCUCGAACUGUUUCUGCAUUCGCAAACACGGAUGGGGGAUAUUUGUUCAUUGGCUUGGAUGGGAAAAAACAGCAAAUUAUUGGCUUUGAAGCAGAGAAGAGCGACCUUGUGCAUCUAGAGAGUGAAAUAGAAAAGUGCAUCCGACAGCUGCCUGUCACUCACUUCUGUGAGGAGAAGGAGAAAAUCAAGUACACGUGCAAAUUCAUGGAAGUGCACAAACCCGGAGCUGCGUGUUCAUACGUGUGUGCGCUCCGAGUGGAGAGAUUCUGCUGUGCAGUGUUCGCUGCAGAGCCGGAUUCCUGGCACGUGGAGGACAGCUAUGUGAAGAGGUUUGCGGCAGAGGAAUGGGUUAGGCUCCAGAUGGGUUCCAGGGAAGCUUGGAAAAGGUGACUAAUAAUCAGUUAGUGAAAAAUAAAGAUUUUUAAGUUCCCCCACUUGACUCUGCUGUGAGGACAAGUGCACCUCCCAAAAGAAUAGCAUCACAUGUUUUGGUGAGGUAGCCUGGCUAUAGCCACCACAAACCAUCUGGCCUCGAUAAGGCCUGACACAACAGUUCUGAGAAAAACAAGAACUAGGGUCAGCUUGCCCCAGAAGCAGGGUGGCCUAGAGAUGAACUGAGGCCAUGUAAUUUUCCCUAUAAAUCCCUUCCCCUAAUUGGGCUCGGGGUUGACUCCUCUGUCUCCUGUGUGAGAUACGUGUCAUCCCCAGAGCUCUGGUUUCUCAAAUAUACUUAUUACAUUAAGA